AUGCAACUGGGGACCGCCAGCAACAACGACGACUUGCUGGGUUUACUCCUGGAAUCCAAUCAAAAUCAAUGCGAAGAAAAGAAAAAUGCUGAGAGAUUUAUGAUGACGACAGAGGAUGUGAUUGAGGAAUGUAGGCUGUUCUACUUUGCUGGACAGGAGAUGACAUCAGUUUUGCUCACUUGGACGAUGGUAGUUUUAAGCAUGCACCAGGAUUGGGAGGCCAGAGCGAGGGAAGAGUUUCUGCAAGUGUUUGGUGGAUGGAAGCUAGAGUUUGAAGGCCUCAACCAAUUGAAAGUCGUGAGUAGCCCUCAUAUCGCCCUUUUAAGUAGGUUUCAUAUCCUAUAUUGAUAAAAAAAAAAGAAAAUGGCAAUUUGACUAUAUAAUAGUAAUUUUUUUCCUGAUGCAGGUCACCGUGAUCCUUCAUGAAGUUCUUAGAUUGUACCCUUUUCCCUAUAACUGUUCAGAAGCCAAUGAAAUUGGGAGAAUUCAAAAUCCCCCCUGGUGUGAAUAUCCUCAUACCGAUGAUUUACAUGCAUCAUGAUCCGGAAAUUUGGGCCGAGAGGUUCGCGGAAGGGGUUUCCAAGGCAUCAAAGGAUCCUGCAGCUUAUCUUCCUUUCAGCAGUGGGCCUCGGAUAUGCAUCGGGCAGAACUUUGCCAUGGUAGAAGCAAAGUUCUGUUUGGCAAUGAUUCUGUGGCGCUUUUCUUCCUUUGAGAUUUUGCCUUCAUACUCGCAUGCCCCCUACAAACUCGUUGCUUUUCAGCCCUGACGUGGGGUUCAGAUUAUCCUGCACAAGCUGUGACUUCAUCGUCACUAACCCAGUUAUGUCACGAGCAUGA